AUGAACCCUCUCAGCCCCUCUCCCCAGCCACAAAACGAGGAUGAAAAGCAACAGCAACAAUCCUACUAUGACUGGCUGCGUGAACAGUACAACAUCCAAUACGAAAAAUGGUAUCCCUGGAUCGAAGACCAGUAUCUGAAGUGGUUCGGAAAAGGCGAUAACAAAGCUUCCUAUGUUACUAAGGACACGCUGAGCAAGUCCAAGGUGACUGGAAUCAAACAGGUGGAUCAGCUACAGGAUGACGUGCAUGAUCUAGUUGGAAAUCAGCUUGGCGAUAAUGGAUUGCUUUCGCCUGUGGGCAAGAUUGUUUCGAAAGAGGGGAUUAAUCGGGCGGAGAGGAAGGGGAAGGAUGAGGAUGGAAGAUAUGGGUUUGGUGGUUUUGGUAUUCCAGGGAGAUGA